GCGAGGGGCGGGCUCGGGAGAGCGCAAGCAAGGCGUGCUGUCAGUCAUUUUAACGCAGGCCUCGCUCUGUGAGCCACUGACAGCGAGAAUCUCACUGGAGCACAGCCUCUGAAACUGAGAAGCAAUGAGCUCCGAGAGGAUGACAGGGAUACUCUGGUGAGAGGAGGAAGAAAAAAAAAAAAACAAACAGACUGACAGCCAUGACGAAGAGGAGCCUCCUGACCCUGGUGAGGGAUGCUCUGCGGGGUCAGAGGGCGCGGGACAGGGACCUCCGCAACCUGGUGUCCAAUCUGCCUUACGAAGGACUGGAGAGAUCCAAGCAGCCCAACCGCUACUUCCAGUCCAACGGCAUCAAGACCACCAAGUACACCCUGCUCACCUUCGUCCCCAUGAACCUCUACGAGCAGUUCCACCGCCUGGCCAACAUCUACUUCGUGGGCCUGGUCAUCCUCAACUUCUUCCCCGUGGUGAACGCCUUCCAGCCCCAAGUGGCUCUGAUCCCCAUCUGUGUCAUCCUGGCUCUGACGGCCCUGAAGGACGCCUGGGAGGACUUCAGGAGGUACCAGUCGGACCGGAAGCUCAACAACACGCCGUGCCUCGUCUACAGCAGGAGGGAGAAGCAGUUUGCGGAGCGAUGCUGGAAGGAUGUGCAGGUGGGAGACUUUGUGAAGGUGGCUUGCAAUGAGAUCAUCCCCGCAGACCUGCUUCUCCUUCACACGUCCGACCCCAACGGCGUGUGUCACAUCGAGACCGCCAACCUGGACGGAGAGACCAACCUGAAGCAGAGGACGGUGGUGCACGGCGUCUGCGUCACGCAUCCCGAAUUCGACCCGGAAAGCUUCAACAGCAGGGUGGUGUGUGAAAAGCCCAACAACAAUCUGAACCACUUCAAGUGUUACGUAGAGAAACCUGACGAGGAGAAGGUGGGAGCGGGGAUCGAGAGCUUGCUGCUGCGAGGCUGCACGGUCAGAAACACCGACCAUGCUGCUGGCUUUGUGGUGUAUGCAGGCCAUGAAACCAAGUCCAUGCUGAACAACAGCGGGCCAAGAUACAAGCGCAGCAAGCUCGAGCGGAAGCUGAACGUAGACGUCCUCUUCUGCGUCAUCCUUCUCUUCGCCAUGUGUCUCAUCGGAUCACUGGGUCACUACUUAUGGCGGCUGUCGUUGCCCGACGUGCCCCCUUACCUGGUCGCCGACGGCAACGGUCACCUGGACAGUCCCAGUCUGUCCAGUUUCUACAUGUUCUUCACAAUGAUCAUCCUGCUGCAGAUCCUGAUUCCCAUCUCUCUCUACGUCUCCAUCGAGCUGGUCAAGAUGGGUCAGAUCUUUUUCAUCACGAACGACGUCGACCUGUACGACGAGGAGACGGACAGUCGCGUUCAGUGUAAAGCUCUGAACAUCACCGAGGACCUGGGGCAGGUUGAAUAUAUCUUCUCAGACAAGACGGGAACCCUCACAGAGAACAAGAUGCUGUUCCGGCGAUGCUCCAUCAUGGGCACCGAGUUCCCGCACAAAGAGAACGCCGUCUGUCUGGCUGACCUUGAUGAGCUGGAGUCAGAGGAGGAGAUCAUCUUCAACCAGCAUCAGAGGCCCCUGCAGACGGGCCGGUCGCCGCAUUGCGAGGACAGUAACCCUGGAGACACACAACACCGAGACAGGCGCCGCAGGAGCAGGGUUGCAGCGAGCUCCCAGAGCGACGUGGCCUUCAGCAGCCCACUGGAAACUGAGGUGAUUCCAGACCGGAAGCUGCUUCAGCAGAUUACCAGGGGAGAAAACAGCAGCAGGAAGACAGAUCCUUACCUGGACUUUUUUCUGGCUCUCGCUAUUUGCAACACUGUGGUGGUUUCCAUGGCAACAGCUCGGAGACGGAGGGCCAGCGCUUCUUUACACUCCAGCCAGACAAGCAGUGUGCUGGACACGUUGACUAGUCUGGUGAAAAAAAAAGACUCUUUAAGCUGCAUCUUCACCUCGUGCCGGAGCAAGCCCAAGACGGAAGACUCCGUUAUUGAGGAGAGCCAUUUUCAUCCCCCGGCCGAUAAAAAGGAGGGCACAGACGCCAUCAGCAGGCACCGCAAAUGUUCCCUCCAUGUGUUGUCCCAGAGUGACGUCUCCGCGGUAACCUCAGCUGAUCUGCGCUACGAGGCGGAGAGUCCAGACGAGGCCGCGCUGGUGUACGCGGCCAAGGCAUAUGGCUUCGUCCUGCUGGCCCGCACCCCCAACAGCGUGACGGUGAGGCUGCCGUCUGGGGACGAGCUGGUGUUCGAGGUGCUGGACACCUUGACCUUUGACUCCAACAGAAAGAGGAUGUCUGUUUUAGUGAAGCACCCCGUCACCAAAGAGUACGUGCUGUACACCAAAGGUGCGGACUACGCCAUCAUGGAGCUCCUCGGGACACCGUACGCAGAACAUUUCAAAGGCAAACAGAAGAACGUAGCGACUGAUACUCAGCAUCACGUCGACUGCUAUGCUAAAGAAGGACUCCGUACUCUAUGCUUCGCAAAGAAGAUUGUGAGUGAAAAAAUGUACGAGGACUGGCUGGUGGGCAGACAGAGAGCGCUGGCUGCCAUCGACAACAGAGAGGAGCUCAUCAUGGAGACUGCUGGGCAGCUCGAGACGAACCUCUCUCUGCUCGGAGCUACGGGCAUCGAGGACCGUCUGCAGGAGAGCGUCCCAGACACCAUCGUGGCUCUGCGGGAGGCGGGGAUCCAGGUGUGGGUGCUGACUGGUGACAAGCCAGAGACAGCUGUCAACAUCGGCUAUGCCUGCAGGCUACUGGAAGAGGAAGACCUGGUGAUUAACAUGAGCUGCAAAAACAAGCUCACGUGCACGGCCAUCCUGGACUGCACUCUUGAGGAGGUGAAGAGGUACAACGACGACCCCCGCAACGUGGACACCACCCAGAACAUCUCCGUGGUGAUCGACGGGCCCACCUUGACCAUGGCUCUGUCGCCGGACCUGCGGGACCGGUUCAUGGAGCUGGCGAGGCGCUGCCGCUCCGUGCUCUGCUGCAGAGUCACGCCCUUACAGAAGAGCAGGGUGGUCAAGCUGGUCAGGGAGAAACUCAAGGUCAUGACCCUAGCCGUUGGUGACGGUGCAAACGACGUCAACAUGAUCCAAGCGGCUGACAUCGGCAUUGGGAUAUCCGGUCAGGAGGGCAUGCAGGCGGUCAUGGCGAGCGAUUUCGCCAUAUCUCGCUUCAAACACCUGAAGAAGCUGCUCUUGGUCCACGGACACUGGUGCUACACCCGACUGGCCAACAUGAUCAUUUAUUUUUUCUAUAAGAACGUGGCCUACGUGAACCUGCUGUUCUGGUACCAGUUCUUCUGCGGCUUCUCCGGCACGGCCAUGAUCGAUUACUGGCUCAUGAUCUUCUUCAACCUGUUCUUCACCUCUGUGCCGCCCAUCAUGUUUGGGAUCAUGGACAGAGACGUUUCUGCGGAGGUGCUGCUCGGUGUGCCUGAGCUGUACAGGACUGGGCAGGGGAAAGGGGAAUAUAAUUUUCUAACGUUCUGGAUCUCCAUCCUGGACGCGUUCUACCAGAGUCUGGUGUGCUUCUUUGUCCCAUAUUUGGUUUACCAGGGUUCAGAUGUUGAUAUAUUCACCUUUGGGACUCCUUUGAACACAUCUUCUUUAUUCGUCAUCCUGCUGCAUCUGUCAAUAGAGAUCAAAGCCUGGACGGUGGUUCACUGGGUCGUCAUGCUGGGCAGCGUGCUGCUGUACUUUGUGGUGACGCUGGCCUUCAGCGCCAUCUGCGUUACCUGUAACCCUCCGUCCAAUCCGUACUGGAUCCUGCAGAGCCAGAUGGCCGACCCCACCUUCUACCUGAUCUGCAUCCUCACCACCGUGGUGGCUCUGCUGCCCAGGUGCACGUUUCACGUGCUGAGGAACUCUAUCGCCCCCUCCCCGCUCAUCCACGCUCGGCAUCUGGACCAGAAGGAGCCCUCCGCCAGGGCCCAGUGGAUCCAGGAGUGGAGGAGCAUGAGGGGCGGAGGCCCGGUCAGGCGCUCCAGGCUGUCCCCCCCGCCGUCUCCCACCUCGGAGACACCCGUGGACAUUUUCCCCGACACCCUCGGUGACGUGACGGGAGAUGAUUUCACUCUGAACGUCAUCAGUGAAAACCAUCGCAGACCUGUGCACACAUGAGGAGAGAGCACUGCGGGGGAUUAUUUAUUCUGAACACUGUAAAUAUCUCAACUGUCUCACAGGUGAAUGUAUCCCAGUGCAAAGAAAUGCUUCGCUCUGGCAGCUCAGCCGAGGGGGGAGCAGUCUGCGUCUGGCUGGAGUUUAUUUUGCAAUAAACUACUCGACGGAAGCGUGCAGGUCUUCUUCCCUUUCCUCCCCUCAUAACAAAGUAACACAUAAGCCUGUUACUCUCCUGAUGGGUUUUUACUGCACAGUGGUAACCCAAUUAGUCAUGCCACCCACUCCUCCAAAAAGUGGCACUUUUCCAGGACAAAAUGCUUAGCUGGUUUAAUAUAUUCCGCUCACCUAGAUACCCUUUAACAGCCACAAAGACAAAG